UAGAAAACACACCGUGUGCCUGAACUAAAUUACCACUCUACCCCACCGCCGAUAGCUGACAUUUUUCCUCGUCACUCGCAGUGACCCAAGGACAAAACGGUACUUCCUCGCUCCCAUCUUCUCCGAAGUGGACUCUCCAUCCAAACGUGCAUAGCCCUCCGGGUUCCGGAUACAUUACAGGGGCGGUGGUGCUUCCGCACUACAUAUUUGUUCAAUCCUCGAACUUCUUCUUUUUUCUGUGAGAAUCACUUCGCCGCAGUGAAUUUCCAGCGAUCUGAUGGCCGCCACGACAAUGGCGACGGCCGCCGGGGCGGUGGUGCUUCUGUACUACAUAUUUGUUCGGCGUGUACCGGCUGAGGAGGCCGAAGACGACGGCGCCGGCGAUGCGGACGGCGAGUAUUCGAAAUCGAGUAGAUCUAAGAGGAGGAUCGCGCGGAGGCCAGCUCAGCCCCCGGCGACGUGGUUUGAGGCCAUCGCGACGUUGUCUGAGACACUGCGGUUCACGUAUUCUGAGACAUUGGGGAAAUGGCCCAUCGGCGACUUGGCGUUCGGCAUCAACUACCUCAUGCGAAAGCAGGGCAAUCUACAAGUUCAGAGUGUAUAUGCUGGAGAUAAUUGUGUUCAACUCAAAGGCCCAGAAAUUAUUGCCGAGUUGAAUGAUUAUUUAAGGUUGUUAAUCCUUUGCAGGCUGUUCUCAAAGAAGCCCUUUGCAGUAUUUUUGGAAUCUGCUGGCUUAAUGGAGGCAGAUGUUAUUCUCCAGAAGCCCAAAGCUGGGCUUCUGAAGCCUGCUUUUACAAUUCUGUGCGAUAAAAAUUCAAAAUGUUUUCUUCUACUGAUACGUGGGACUCAUAGCAUCAAAGAUACACUCACUGCCGCAACAGGCACGGUGGUACCAUUUCACCAUUCAGUUCUACAUGAUGGUGGAAUAACCAAUCUUGUUCUAGGAUAUGCACAUUGUGGGAUGGUUGCUGCAGCUCGUUGGAUGGCAAAGCUUUGUACUCCAUGCCUGUUGAAAGCUCUUGAUGAAUAUCCUGACUACAAAGUUAAGAUUGUUGGCCAUUCACUCGGUGGUGGUACUGCUGCACUGUUGACCUAUAUUCUUCGUGAACAAAAGGAAUUCUCCUCAAGCAUUUGUGUGGCAUUCGCCCCAGCUGCCUGUAUGACAUGGGAUUUAGCCGAAUCAGGCAAGCACUUUAUCACUGCAAUCAUCAAUGGCUCCGAUUUAGUUCCUACAUUCUCAGCACAUUCUGUUGAUGAUCUUCGUUCUGAGGUCACAGCAUCUGCUUGGUUGAAUGAUUUGCGAGAUAAAGUUGAGCACACAAGAGUCCUAAAUGUGGUUUACCGGUCUGCAACUGCAUUAGGGUCUCGUCUGCCAUCAAUAGCCAGUGCCAAGGCAAGGGUUGCUGGUGCAGGUGCUCUACUGCGGCCCGUCUCCAGCAGUACUCAGGUUGUGAUGAAGCGUGCCCAAGAUGUAGCUCAGGCUGUCGUAAAGACACGCUCAUCAAUAUCAUCAUGGUCAUGUAUGGGUGCACGUCGCCGCCCUGUGGCCCCUCUACCAAACUGUAAAGAGGACGAGUUACCCAGAGCCCCCCUUAUAACUGAGAGAAUAUCCGAAUCUCUUGUGACUGAAGCAGUAACGAUCGAUUCAACAAUGGCAAGCAAGGAAGAGUCUUGUUCUUCAGGCUGUGACUCUGGGCGCGAUGAUUCGGAUGAAGAAGAGGAAGAAGUCCCGGCGGACAGGACCACCCCUACAUCGACCACAGAAACCAUGACAGAAGGUGGGUUAUGGUAUGAACUGGAGAAGCAACUUGAAAUCCGGGACGAUGAUGCAGAUGCCCUAGCUCAGGAGGAAGCAGCUGCAGCGCAACAAAUUAGCGAAGAGGAGAGGGUGCUUACUGAUGCAGUGGAGAGCAAGAAGGUCAUCUCCUUGGCCGAAACUUCGGACAGCCACAGAUUCUACCCACCUGGAAGAAUUAUGCAUAUCGUAUCGAUACAGUCUGAUUCUGGUCAUGAUGGAGCGGCCGAGGAACGCGUAGGUAUCUAUCUUACACCAAGAGAGUUGUACAGUAAGCUCCGGCUCUCAAGAACAAUGAUCAACGAUCACUAUAUGCCUAUGUACAAGAAGAUGAUGGAGAGAAUAAUCAGGGAACUGGAAAAUGAUCAGGUUUGUAUUUAUGAAGAACAGUGGGACAGUGUUAGAGAUUGACGCAUCCUAAAAUGAAAUGUAGUGGAUAAAUUUUUUUUUCUUGAAAUGAAGUAGUGGUGGUCACUUGAAAAAGAAAGAGCAAGGUCACAAUUUCACUAGAUAGAUUCCAAGGUUAGGUCAAGUAUUUAGCAAAAAGAAGAAGUUCGACAUACUCCUCUCUUUUUCCCUUUUUUUUCUUCAUUUUUGUGGAGAGGCUUAAAAUUAUGUCCCAAACUCUCGUGACUAAUUGGAUAUGCUUUGCAAAGGAGAAGAUAUCCAAAUGUAAUCAUACAUUCUCAACAGUAAAUGUAUAACAAUUUGCAGUGUUAGAAAAAUUUAAAACU